AUGAACAGAAAAGAAUUAUAUGAAAUGUUUAACUAUGGAGAUGUUGAAGAUGUGGGACCCGUGGAAAUAGACGAGGCAGAAUGUAUUCGGCUAUCUUAUAUCGCUAACAACUCUGGUAAAGACAUUCUUCUCAAUCUGAUUCCAAGGUACAAAUCUUCCUACAGCCGGGAAGGAAUUAGGUUCUUCAUCGAGACAGUAACAAUGAUUGUAGACAACCCAAAGAUGGCAGGGUUUUCCUUAAGCCCCAUUUCCCUCAUAUCUCUUGUUAUGAACUCCUUCGGUGCAUCGUAUUUCGAUGUUAUGGACUGCUUCGAAAAGCUAAGCGAGGCUGAAGGAAUGGCAAGAAAGGUAUUUCUCCCUAUGAUCUAUGGGCUGUCAUUUAAAUGCUCACAGUUGGAUGCAACGUCAAACAUAGCCAACUAUACGUCUGCACUCGAAGCAUUGACUAGUCUCCACGGUGUUCUUGAAGAGCUCAAGAACGAGGUCUACUGGGGCCUAGGAGAUUCCGGGCUCGGAGGCGAUAUUGUCUUCGACUUUCCCAUAUACUACGGAUUCCCAUGCAGAUUCCCCUGUAUUCUCGAUGGGUUUUUCGAACCUUUUAUAUACAAGAAAUGUGACUAUUCGUCGCCUGCUCGCGAAUAUCUUGGGAUUUCAAUGAGAGAGGUCGUGGAGAAGUCGAGAAGGUCCUACCAUGCCUUGAGCGAUCAUUCAUACAAGAUGCAUCAGAUAAUAUACUCCAUCAUAAGGUCUUCUAAAGAGCUGAAGACCAACUUUAUGAGAUAUGUCUGCAAUGUUAUAUCCGCGAGCAAGGAAAGAAGCAAGACUAUCUUUAACUGGAAGGAAACCAUAAGCGAUGGAUUUGCAUACAACCUAUCUAUGGUAAUGAGCAGGUUCAACAGAAAAAUAAUAGAUGGGAACAUGAUUGACAAAAUAAAUCCGGAAAGCGUAGAAGAGGUCUCGUUGGAAUCAUUCCCGACGUUCUGCUACUUCUCGAAAAUCCACUUGCUAUUUACAUCUUGUGUGAAGUUUGGUGAAUACAUCAGAAGCCUUGCGUACGAGUAUAGACUUCUUGAAGGGGAUGGAGGAGAGAGGGUAGAGGCAUACAGGAAAGGAAUAGACUCAAAGAUAAGUGCAUUGAAUGGACUUCUUUUCAUGACAGAUUUCUUUGCAGACGAAAAGGCGUUCACUGACUUCAUGACGGAGUACACUGCCGAGAUUGAGUAUCCGUGGACAGACAACUAUUACAGAACACUUCUAUGGAUGCAGGAGAUGACAAUUGACCUGAUAAAGUCAGCAACCAUCUCAGGAUCGCUAAACAAAGUGAUGGAAACCAUCAUGGACUGGAGAAGUCCCAUGUUCAAAAAAGAAGUUGUGAAGAUACUGAGCCACAGAAGCGAUUCAAUUAAAUUUACAAUGCUCAACAGGGUGAUAGAUUACUACAACUCGUUAGGAAGAGAUGAGAUGAGAAUGGAGGCCAGAAGUAUUGUGCAUUCCAUCUUUAAGGAGGGGAGAGUGUUUUCCAGAAUGAAUGUCUGCAAAAGGAACAUUACGUUCAUCAACUGCAUGAUGAAAGAUUUUGAGUACAGUCUGUCUGAAGGCCUUUCUUCUAUCAAGGAUAUAAAAGAGGAUACGAAAACUGUUGAAGACCUAACCAAAGAGCUAGAAGAAGUCAAGAAAAAGAAUCUUGAUGCGAAGAAGGCUGAGUCGAUUAGUGAAAGGAUAGGGUCAAUAAAGAAAAGCAUACGAUUCUCAAAAAACAAGGCGAGGAAUUCCUUUCUGUAUGUCGAUGGAUGCUUUGACUUGUUUAUGCACAUCCUCGAUGAAAAACCCGAUCUAUUUUUAGUGAACGAGAUGAUCUCAAAUUUUGUAAGAGUUCUGAACUGUAAUCUGAAGGUGAUUACUGGGCCUAGAUGCACGGAUCUUGUGAUAAGAUCUCCAGAACAAUAUGGCUUUGAUGCAAAGAAUCUCUUGAGGCGGAUGGUCAUGAUAUACAUAAAGAUCCGCAGCAACAAGUUUGUCGAAAUGGUGGCUAGUGAUAAGAUGUACUUUGACAUUGAGUUCUUCCGCACCGCACUUCGGAUAUGUGAGAGCAAGUACCUCAUUAACGAGUCACAGAUGGAGGAGUUGAGAAACCUCAUAAGCAAGCUGGAGAAAGUCGAGGUGAUUGAGAAGACUGAGUGCGUUCCAGACGAGUUUAUUGACCCCCUGACAUUCAACCCGAUAAGGAACCCUGUGAAGCUUCUGACCUCGAAAAUAACUGUAGACAGGUCCACGUAUGAUAUGUUGAUGAUGAAUGGAGGGAUAGAUCCAUUCAAUAGAAUGCCUCUUACUGAGGACAUGGUGAUAGAGGACAUCGAUCUCAAGGAAAGGAUAGACAAGUACUAUGGCUGCAGUGACAAGGACGAGAAGACUUGA